GGCAUUGUGUGUGUUGUGUGAGAUUUAGAGAGCUUAAGUUUUGAGUGAGUUUCUUAAGCAAUAAGAAAAGAAGUUCUUAUAUUUUCUUUGAGUCUUAUACAAACAUUACAGCAAGAUUUGGUAUCAGAGCUUGAGUUUUUGAUACAAUGGGAGAUCUCGUGGUAGCUACAACAUCGAAGGUGAAAGACGGAGGAACCUCGUCCAUCAAGUGCCCCAUAUUGAACGCAACAAACUAUACCGUGUGGGCUAUGAGGAUGAGGGUCUUGCUUAGGGUACAUAAAGUCUGGGAAUCGUGGAAACUAAAAUAGAGAAAGACGACAGGAACAAUGCUGCAAUGGCGUUGCUUUUUCAGUCCAUACCUGAGACAUUAACUCUGCAAGUUGGAGAAUUAGGAACGGCGAAGAAGGUUUGGGAUGCAAUAAGGGCUAGAUAUGUGGGAGCAGAAAGAGUGAAGGAAGCCCGAUUGCAGACACUAAUGGCCGAUUUUGAUCGCCUCAAGAUGAAAGACGCAGAGACCAUAGAUGACUUUACGAGCAAGUUAUCUGAGAUAUCAUCGAAAUCUGCUGCCUUAGGAGAAGAAAUCGAAGAAGUAAAGAUGGUUAAGAAGUUCCUCAAGUGUCUCCCUCGGAAGAAAUACAUUCAUAUCGUGGCAUCCUUGGAACAAGUACUGGAUCUUAAGACGACGAGUUUUGAAGAUAUAGUAGGACGUUUAAAGGCGUAUGAAGAACGUGUUGCUGAAGAAGAAGAGGUUCAAGAAGAUCAGGGCAAACUAAUGUAUGCAAACGAGGAACCACAAUCAAACCGUGGUUUCAACGGUGAGAACAGAGGCAGAGGUCGCGGCGGAAGGUACUACAAUAACAGGGAACGAGGAAGAGGAAGAUAUUAUAACCGUGGAGAUCCAUCUAAAGUCACCUGUUAUCGUUGCGACAAAGUUGGGCACUAUGUGACAGAUUGUCCCGAUCGUCUACUAAAGCUUCAAAAGACAAUGGAAGCGGAGGCUGACAAAACUCAGGAAGCAGACGAAAUGAUGCUUCACGAGGUCGUAUAUUUAAAUGAGGAGAAGGUAGUUCCAAGAAAAUACGAAGCUAAUACUGGGGAAGACAAUGUCUGGUACCUUGAAAACGGUGCCAGCAAUCACAUGAGUGGAGACAAGAGGUAUUUUGCGAGCAUAGACGAGACUGUUACAGGGAAAGUCAGGUUUGGAGAUGACUCACAUAUCAAUAUAAAAGGAAAAGGAACUAUUGAGUUCAUUGAUAGAAACGGUGAACCGAGAAAGAUCAUGGACGUAUAUUUCAUACCUGACCUUAGGAGUAACAUUAUCUCUUUGGGACAGGCUACAGAGUCCGGGUGCGACGUAAGAAUGAAGGAUGAUCUUCUCGUAAUGCACGAUCGAGACGGGAAACUAAUUGCGAAGGCUGUCAGGGGAAAAAAUCGGUUGUAUAAAGUGCGCAUGAGGAUUAGAGAGAUAAUGAGCCUACUUACAACCACCACGAGUGAAUCUAGUCGAUGGCAUGCGAGGCUAGGGCAUGUCAAUCAUGAGACGAUGAAGUCAAUGAUACAGCAAGGUCUUGUAGUUGGGAUACCAUCCAUAAACGUAGAGAAGAGCGUGUGUGGUUCUUGUUUACUUGGGAAGCAGGCAAGGCAGUCUUUUCCUCAGGCUACGUCCUACAGAGCUUCUGAGUUACUAGAGCUCAUACAUGGUGACUUAUGUGGUCCCAUAACUCCAAGUACCAGUGCAGGCAAUAGGUACAUAUUGGUGCUGAUCGAUGAUUGUUCGAGGUAUAUGUGGACUGCUCUGAUGAAGGAGAAAAGUGAUGCGUUGAAUAAAUUCAAAGCAUUCAAAAACUUAGUGGAGCAAGAAGCGAAGACAAAAAUCCAAACUUUUAGAACCGACAGAGGAGGAGAGUUUACCUCAAUAGAGUUUAAUGAGUUUUGUGAUUCUUCAGGUAUCAAACGACAUUUUACAGCCCCUUACAGUCCCCAACAUAAUGGGGUUGUGGAGAGACGAAACCGGACAUUGAUGGAGAUGACGAGAAGCUGUAUGAAGCACAUGUCGUUUCCUAAUUAUCUAUGGGGAGAAGGUGUUCGACAUUCCACUUACCUCCUGAACCGAAUAGCCACACGAGCCCUCAACGAUAGGACACCUUAUGAGGCAUUUCGUGGUGUGAAGCCUAAUCUCUCUCACCUGAGAACUUUCGGGUGUAUUGGAUACGCGAAGAUAGAGAAGAAACUACUAAAGAAACUGGACGAGAGGUCACGCCUGUUAGUUCAUCUUGGGACAGAACCAGGCUCUAAAGCCUACCGUUUGCUGGACCCACAGACUCAGAGAGUAGUGGUGAGUAGAGAUGUGGUGUUCGACGAGACAAAAGGCUGGAACUAGAAGCAUGAUGGUGCAGACAAGGGUCAAGUCGGAAGCUUUAGUGUUUCACUUGGAAGUUUUGGGAACCAUGGAUUGCAGGAGACAGAGCAAAAUAAAACAGAGCAAGACAAAGAUGACAAAGCUCGUAAAACUGAACAUGAUGAGGAAGAAGAAGACAACGAAGAUGACAGUGAAGAAGAAAAAAUCACGGGUCAACAACCACUCAGGAGGUCAGAGAGACAGAGUUCUAAGCCGUAAUAUCUCGAAGAUUACCGCGAAACUUCCAAGAAGCAAGGGAACUUAAGGAGUGAAUUCUCGCCUGCGAAGAGGAAAUACGAUCUAUCACAAAGCUCGAUACUUGGAGCCUCGUUGAUCUUCCACCAGGAGUGAAACCGAUAGGCUUGAAGUGGAUUUUCAAAAUCAAGCGCAAUGCGGAUGGAAGUAUCAACAAGUACAAGGCUCGUCUGGUCGCUAAAGGGUACGUACAACAAUAUGGGAUAGAUUUUGAAGAGGUUUUCGCGCAUGUGCCUCGAAUUGAGAUGGUUCGCGUGUUGAUCAAUCUAGCUGCCUCAAAUGGUUGGGAAAUUCAUCAUCUCGAUGUCAAGACAGCGUUCUUGCACGGAGAACUAAAGGAGACAUUAUAUGUUUCUCAGCCAGAAGGUUUUGUUGUAGAAGGAAGCGAGAAUAAGGUUUACAAGUUGAAGAAGGCGUUGUACGGCCUUAAGCAGGCGCCCAGAGCAUGGAACCAUAAGUUGAACAAGUGUUUGUUGGAACUCGACUUUCAAAGGUGUUUGAAAGAGCCGUCUGUGUAUCGAAAGUGUGUAAGUGGGAAGCUUCUUGUUGUUGCGGUCUAUGUCGAUGACCUUUUUGUUACUGGUACGAGCUUAGAGAUGAUCGGAGGGUUCAAAAGGGAGAUGGCCAUGAGGUUUGAGAUGAGUGAUUUGGGUAAACUAACGUAUUAUCUUGGUAUUGAAGUUAAGCAACAUAAGGACGGUAUAACUCUGUGCCAGAAAUGAUAUGCUCAGAGGAUCUUAGAAGAAGCUGGAAUGGAUCACUGCAACCCUGUUCAGAUACCGAUGGAUGCUAGACUUAAGCUAGCCAAGUUCGAGAACGAGAAAUAUAUUGAUGCGACAAGCUAUAGGAGGAUCAUCGGAUGCUUUCGGUAUCUACUACACACUAGACCUGAUUUUUCUUACUGCAUUAGAGUGUUGAGUAGGUAUAUGGUGAGUCCAAAAGAGUCUCAUGGAAGUGCAGCGAAGCAAUGUCUACGUUAUCUGAAGGGCACUACUUCCUUUGGUCUAACUUUUGAGCGAUCGAAGGAGACAACGAAGUUGGUUGGUUACAGUGACAGCAGUUACAACAUGGAUCCUGAUGAUGGUAGAAGCACAACUGGUCACAUCUUUUACCUUGGUAAAAGUCCGAUAACAUGGUGUUCUCAGAAACAGGAACAGGAUACUGUGGCGUUGUCUUCGCGUGAAGCUGAGUUCAUGGCGGGAACAGAGGCGGCAAGACAAGCAAUCUGGUUGCAGGAUCUUCUCUGCGAGAUCAUUGGAGCCUCCUACAGUCGAACGGUCAUAAGGAUAGACAAUCAAUCGGCCAUAGCUCUCUCAAGGAAUCCAAUAUUUCAUGGACGUAGUAAGCAUAUACAUUCAAGAUACCAUUUCAUAAGAGAGUGUGUUGAGAAGGAGCUGAUUGAAGUUGAGCAUGUACCUGGAAGCAAACAGAAGGCAGACAUUUUGACCAAGGCUUUGGGAAGAAUCAAAUACAGAGAGAUAAGAGACUUCAUUGGAGUUCAAGAGUUGAAGGAUGAAGAGUUCAAGCUUAAGGGGGAGACUGUUGAAGUAAGCUUGAACAAAGCUCGAGAGACAAGUUAUCCUAAUCCUAAUAAGUGUAGGAUCUUUAGAGAUAAGGAUCAAUGUUAAUUUAGGAGUUAUCUAAACUUAUGUGUAUGUAAUUAGGAUUAGGAUAAGAGAAGUCUUAUAUAUAUCAAUGCCGAGUAAAGGGCAUUGUGUGUGUUGUGUGAGAUUUAGAGAGCUUAAGUUUUGAGUGAGUUUUUUAAGCAAUAAGAAAAGAAGUUCUUAUAUUUUAUUUGAGUCUUAUACAAACAUUACAGCAAGAAUUUUGUAGUUGACUUGUUUUAUGCCUACAUCAAAUUGGUGUUCAAAGAAUGUUUCAGAGUAUCCUCCCACAAGGCAACAGUGUGUAGAAGUAGAAUCGCUAUCCUUUUGGAUAUGCAGAAAAAAAUAUGUAACUUUCACUAUUUCACGUUUUGUAUGUAAGACUACUCAAACAAGUAUAAAAAUAAACAGCAUCAUAAGAUAAUAUCAAAUCAACCAAUUCUAUGAGCUUUCAUAACAUAAUCAACUUUCAAAUCAAAUCUCCACUUACUUAUCUAAAUAAAAAGUUGAUUUCACUUGGCUAUAACUUAACUAGAAUAAUCUAUUAAGUUUGGACGGACUAUUGUAUUGCCUUUUGUUUCCCUUUAUAAUAUGUGUACUUUUGCUUUAGAAGCUAUUGGCUUCCUAAUCACAAAACGUGUAUAGUCAAAUGAAAACAUUUGUGGCUCUUUUGCUUCAUUACUUUUUCUGUGUUCUGUCUUCAUGUGAACACAUUUGCAUAAUCUGUGGUUUCUUCUACUUUCUGUUCUAACACACACACAAUUAUUAAAAACAAUCCCACAGAUCCUGCUCGUGCGUACACCACUUGGCUUUUCAGUUUUCACCCGUGACCCGACCAUGAUUUGGCAGAUGUUUUGUAUUAUGUCAUCAAUCUACCAGAAAGCCAUAAUCAUUAUUGAUCAAAAGAGCAGCCAAGUGCAUUUUUGUCUUCUUACCACAGUCACCCUAGUAUGAAAGAGUUUUUAAGGAGAUCUUCAAGCCUUUCUUGAUGACUAACUCAAACCAGAAAAGAAAAGCAAUCUUCCCACAUCUUCUCCAUAUUAUUCCUCUAGGGUUUAUUAUAGUGAUCAGGCCCUUCCCCACAAAGGGAAAUGGAAGGAGAGAAGGAGACAGUUAGGUGUUGCAGUGAUUGCAAGACGACCAAGACACCAAUGUGGAGAGGUGGACCAUCUGGUCCCAAGUCACAGUCUCUUUGCAAUGCAUGUGGGAUAAGAUUCAUGAGACAGAGACGAACCGAGUUAUUGGGUAUUCGUGUUAUUCAUACCCACAAAGCCUACAAGAAGAUAAACACGUCGUUAUUAUCAUCACAUGGUAGCGUGGCUUUGAAGAAACGAAGGCGGAGUCUAAAGGAGGAAGAACAAGCUGCUAUGUGUCUACUAUUAUUGUCUUGUAGCUCUGUUUUC